CUAUUAAAGUGUUCUAAUAUAUUAAUUAUAAUUAAUGUAUAUUAUUUAAACUAAGAAAAAUAAGAUGGAGAGAAAGAUAAGCAGAGGGAAGUGAUGAGUAUAAUGUGCAUAGUUCACUUACACUCUUUUAGUAUAAUAUAGUAGUGGGGACAGAUUAAUCUAAAAAUCAGCCUCCUCUCAUACAGCCGUAAUAUAAUUUGUUCCUUUAAAUUAUUUUGAGGGGAUAAAAGAAACUGCUCCUUCCAUUUAUAAAUGCUUGGCACGACUGCAGUGGCAUCAGUAUAUUCAGAUUCACUCUUGAAGACUUUAUCUAAUACAUUAACUAUGGUACACAUUAUUGGAAAAUUCGAGCAUGAAUCGAGUGAGGGUUUGGAAGCGUACCUUAAAACAGUUGGUGGAGUUGAAAACCAAGAAGCUUCAAAAGCUUUCAGUCAAGGAAAACCAACUUUAGAAAUCAGUCAAAGUGGUGAUCACUGGAUUAUUACCGUAUCCAAUGAAGGUAAAAGUUCAACCACUAAAUUUACCUUAGGAACUCCAUACGACGAAACUAUGCCUCACGGUCUAACUCUUAAAAGUGUAACUACACGAGAUGGAAAUAAAUUUAUAACUGUAUCAGAUCUUCCUGAUGGUAAUAAAUCAAUUCGUGUAUAUGAGUUUACGGAUACUGGUAUUACUGUUCAUUUAUCGGAGAAUAAACAUGGAGUUAAAGCUGUUCGUACCUAUAAAAGAAUUUAAAUGUGUACUAUCAAUAUAUUGAUGUUAUGAAAAUAAAAUUAACAUCCAAAUAAAACGUUAAAAAAACAUUGA